AUGAUUGAUUUUCAUUCUGAUGAUAAAAGCAUAGUAAGAAGAACAUACCUUGAUAGAAAACCUUGCCAACCUAAAAAUUUUGUGUUUCCUCAAACACUUAUCGGGCCGAAAAAUCGUCGAUUUAAUGUGGAUUGGUUUGACACUUGGCCUUGGCUAGAAUAUAGUGUUGAAAAGGAUGCUGCAUUUUGUUUUGCUUGCAAUUUAUUCAAGGAGGACAAUUCGGUUGGAAGAGAUGCUUUUACUACCAAUGGUUUUAAGUAUUGGAAUAGAUUGGAUGUAAUAAAAAAGCAUGUUGGUAGUCAUAAGAGUGUUCAUAGUAAUGCUAUGAUUGCUAUGGAACUUUUCAAGAACCAAAAGAGUAGCAUUAUUACUGGGUUGCCUUUUCGGGGUCAUGAUGAAAAAGAAAGUUCAUUGAGUAGAGGUAAUUUUGUUUCAUUACUUACUCUUCUUUCACAACAUGAUCCUGAGUAUUCCAAAGUUGUUUUCAAAUUGGCAUCUGGCAAUUGUCAACUCACUUCUCCUGUUGUCCAAAAAGAUAUCAUUAAUGCUUGUGCAAAAGAGACAACGAAAGCAAUACUUGAAGAUAUGAAUGGUGGUUUUUUUGCUAUUCUAGCUGAUGAGUCCGCCGAUAUUUCUGAUAAGGAACAAAUGGCUCUUUGCUUGAGAUAUGUUAAUAAAAAGGGAGAAGUAUGUGAGCGUCUUCUUGGUGUUGUGCAUGUUCCCAAUACCACUUCUUUAACUCUUAAAAGUGGUAUUGAGUCAUUACUCAUGGAGCACUCUUUGACUUUCUCACAAGUUCGAGGGAAGUUGACACAAGUUGCACUUGCUAAAAAGAAUUCAGAUUGUGGUUGGCUUUUUGUUGAUGUACUUGCACCUCUCUUGAAUUUUGUGGGUGGUUCACCUAAAAGGAAAGAAUUUCUUCGAGAGAAACAAGCUCAACGAGUUGUGGAAGCACUAUCCUCAGUUUCUGAUGCAAUUGAUUCAAAUAAAGCACAAGCUCUUACACACUUGUUGAUGUCAUUUGAUUUUGUGUUUGUGGCACACUUGAUGGUUUCUAUAUUUGGCAUCACAAAUGCAUUGAAUGUGGCUUUGCAAAAACGUGAUCAAGACAUUGUAAAUGCUAUGGCCAUGGUUGAUGUAACCAAGAUCAAUCUACAAAAGAUGAGAGAUGAAGGAUGGGAUUCUCAUAUGGAAAAAGUCACUUCUUUUAUGUCUAAAUAUGACAUCGAGAUUCCAAACAUGGAGGAGAAAUAUCAUGUUCCGGGGAGAAGAAUGUUUAGAGGUAAGAGCCCAAAGUUACAAAUCUUCAUCAUUUUCGAGUUGAAGUUUUCUUAA